AUGAUGGAUGACCUUGAGUCCGACAUCGAAGCGUCAGUUGAGUCGAAGGAAGUCCUCGUCGCACAGGAGUGUCAGCGGGUCCUUACAGAAAGUGAGGAUAGCUAUGUUGCUCGCAGCUUACGAGGCGUGACAGUGGUGGUGUCCCCUCUUCUUGAAGUUGCAAAGUUGAGACGAGUUGACAUACCCGUGGUGGCGUUUACCUCGGAGACCUCGCGCCAGGAGAAGCAUGAUGAUCUCAAUUCGGAACAUCCCUCCACUCGUCUUCUAUAUGUCAGUCCUGAGAAGUUCCGUACCGCAGAAUUCACCAAACUACUAUCCGGCGUGUACGAGCACGGGGAGCUCAACCGCCUGGUGGUAGAUGAGGAAUGGGGACAUGACUUCCGUUCCGACUAUAGACGUCUUGGAUCAUUCCGCGAGACAUUCCCUAACAUUCCAAUCAUGGCGCUAACAGCGACAGCAACUUCCCUUGUUCAGGAUGACAUCAUUGAUAGCCUUGGGAUGUCAGAAGAAGGCCUGCUCAGGGUCACGCAUCCAUUCAAUAGGGCUAAUUUAUUCUAUGAGGUUCGAUACAUAUCAUCACCAGAUCCGGACUCGCACAUGAGCGAGGUUUACGAUUACAUCAGUAAUUUGCAUAGACGUCGAGGGCGGGCUUCCUCUGGUAUCGUAUACUGCAGAUUACGUGCUACAUGCGAUUCUCUUGCCGCAUAUCUGAAGGGCAAGGGACUCAAUGCACGACCAUAUCACCGCGGUAUCAAGGGUCCCAUGCUUGACCGCACGCUAGCUGAGUGGGAACGCGGUGGGACGGGAGAAGGCGGCGUUGACGUAGUUUGUGCGACUAUCGCGUUCGGAAUGGGUAUCGAUAAAGCUGAUGUCAGGAUACUAUCAGGAGACAGGUACGCUUUCACUAUUUGCAGAUUUUCGGCGCUCAUUACACGAGCUCAGGUCGCGCGGGUCGCGAUGGCAUGGUACUUCGGUGAGCAAAUAGACACCGGAAACCCCGCAACAAUGAAGAGCUACUGCGCCAGCAUGUGUGACGUCUGUAAAUACCCCGAUAAGACGAGGCGACGAAAGCUAGAGCUUUUUUCAGAGGAGUUGGUCAUGUCACAAAAGGCGACCUUGAGACAACAAGCCGUGCGCGACAUAGACAACGAUGGUCAUCGCCACGUCCAGCAGCCUGCGAUCAAGCGUUCCAAUGGGCUUACACGCGCGUCAGAUAUUCCGGAUACUGGCGGCCGCAAGGACUUUAGGCAGGGAUCAAAUGUCAUAUCGAACGAUCACGGCCAUGCUAGUCGCUUGACUUCGACCAGAUCUGUCGGUGCCUCGAGAAGUGCAGCAGUUGGCUCCAAGCGACCCGCUUCGGGCGUGGCUCGUCAUGACGCUGUGAGUGCGAAGAAGGUCAAGGUACAGCAUCCCGCACCUUUGCUUGGCAUGUCUUCGAGACUCAAGCAGACCAUCAACAAACCAUUUAGAUCACCCUUCAAGUCGGUGAUCCAGAGCGUCAGUGAAAAUCGCGCCCAGUCUGUGUCUGCCGAGAUGGCGACCGAAUCCACCGACGAGGACGAAGAGGCCGCUCAGGCCUCCAGUGCUGAUGACGCUCUGCCUCCGAACGGUGACGCACCGAUAGAGGUCGAGGAACUAAUGUCAUCGCCACUCUCCAUCCCUGCUACAGAUGUCGAGCUCGACGCUUCAUAUUCGCAGAAGAUACCGGUACCGAUGCGGAGCGAGACAUUCACGUCUCUUCGAAGAGCGCUGCACAAAGUGUUCUCGAAUGCUACCAGCGGCGACACGUUAUGGGCCAAACUCGGCAUGUCAGAGCUGGAAUCCGAUGUCAAGUAG